CAAAUAUGGCGCUUGCUUAUUGACAUUUGUUGCAUUUGCGUUAUGUUAAAAAAAUCUUAAAAUUUAAUUUGGUUAAUUAUUAAUCAUGGAAACUAAUGCUGAAACGUUUAUUUUCUUAGCUAGAUGUAAAUGCUGUCUUAACGAAGGUGAAUUACAAAACUUAUGGGAGCCAUACCUAUUUGAUGGAGAAACGGAAAUAUACGGAGAAAUGUUAUCAGAAUGUUUUUCGCUAUCACCGCAAGCUGACGAACAUUUGCAAAGUAUAGAAAUGAUAUGUAAUUCUUGCAUUAAGAGGUUAAGAGAUGCUCUCAGUUUCAGAAGAGAAGUAAUAGCAAGCAUCCAAGUGCUAAAAGAGCAUCAGGAUAAAAUGUUCCUACAUACAAUAGCAAAAGAGGAAGAGGUAGAAACAGAGAAAGAAUCGGAAUAUCAAAGUAUUGAGUAUUUAGAUUUCACAGAAGGAAGUAAAGAACAGUCCAGUGAUGAUGAUAAUAUAAUAAAUGAUGAAUCACAAAAUUUGAAUAAAAAAACCACCAAAGAUGUUACAAAAUGGCCGAAAAAGCUGCCAAAAGAGUUCAGAAAUAAGACAUACAAACAGUACAGUGUUAGUGCAUUGAAAAUGGCCAUCGAUGCUGUGUUAAGCGAGAGAAUGACAAUUGCCCAAGCUUCUGUAACUUACGGUGUGCCACGGAAGACGGUAACCGCAAAGAUUCAUGCGGCAAGGAAUAAAAAAGAGGAUAAAGAUGACGAACCAAAUAAAUUUUACGAACAAGAGAAACACAAUAAACUUGUAGAAGAAAUAAAGAUAAUAUUAACAUACACAAACGCUGUACCUUAUAAAUCUAAAGCUUCACGAUAUUAUUGUAUUUAUUGUUCCGAUAGUCCAGGUUUUGAAGACGGUCAGGAUUUAAGAACACACACAAGAACUAAACAUAUCGCAGAAAGAACAUCAGGUAUAGAUCAAAUAAUGAGACCUCCGUGGUUAAAUGAAGUUAUUAAAUUAGAUAUACAUUGUCUUCAUUGUACAAUAUGUUUAACUUCUAUAACAAAUUGGAAUGAUAUGUUCCGUCAUCUUGAAGAACAACAUGAAAUUGUUCUAGACGAAGCAUAUACUAAAGUUAUACCUUUUAUACUGAAUAGUGAAUUAAAUUGCGCGUUGUGUAGUGAAUCAUUUUCGAGCUAUCAUUAUUUAGAUGGUCAUAUGAAUUCACAUUAUAGUAAUUACAUUUGUUACGAAUGCGGCGAUAUAUUUUUAGCUGCAAGUCGUCUUAACAGACAUAUCGAAACUCACCAAUUAGGUGAAUAUCCAUGUCCUGCUUGCGGUAAAAUAUUCAAAUCGAAUAAAUAUAUGAGAAAACAUUAUGAUUAUAUACAUAAUACAGAGAAAAAGAUAAAAUGUUAUUAUUGUCCGGAAAGAUUCUUUGGUACAUAUGAAAGACAUCAACAUAACCUUAAAAUGCAUAAGGAACGGGUUAAAAUUAUGACUUGUGAGGUUUGCGGGAAGACAUUUGAUUGGUUACCGUAUUAUACGAGUCAUAUGAGAAGAAUACACGGGACAGAAAAGAAUUAUGAAUGCAAAGAUUGUGGAAAAAUGUUUUUAAUGAAAUAUGAAUUAAAUAAUCAUAGAAUUAAACAUAAAACAGAAAAGAAUUUUGUGUGUGAUGUAUGUUCUAAACAAUUUAAAAGCAAACCUGGGUUAUUAAAGCAUUAUCAAAUUUCUCAUGGUUAAACUAACUUUAUGUGCCAACAAAUAUUGCAUGUUUAUUUUAUUAUGCUUUUCGGCAAAUGACGUUCUGCUCAUAGUAAAUACAACCUUGUUAAUAAAUUGUUAUUCCUAAUUAU